AUGGCUUCCCCUCUGAGGGACGAGGAGGAGGAGGAGGAGGAGAUGGUGGUGUCGGAGGAGGAAGAAGAGGAGGAAGAAGAGGGCGACGAGGAGGAGGAGGAGGUGGAGGCGGCCGACGAUGACUAUGAGGACGACGACGAGGGAAUACUCGGGCGCGGGCCAGGCCACGACCGGGGCCGCGACCGCCACAGCCCCCCCGACUGCCACCUCUUCCCGCCGCCGCCGCCGCCCCCGCCGCCGCCGCCGCCCCCACCUCCAGAUAAGGAUGACAUUCGGCUGCUACCUUCAGCAUUGGGUGUGAAGAAGAGAAAACGAGGACCCAAGAAGCAGAAGGAGAACAAACCCGGAAAACCCCGAAAACGCAAGAAGCUUGACAGUGAAGAGGAAUUUGGCUCUGAGCGAGAUGAGUACAGAGAGAAAUCAGAGAGUGGAGGCAGUGAAUAUGGAACUGGACCAGGUCGGAAGCGGAGACGGAAGCACCGGGAAAAAAAGGAGAAAAAGACAAAGCGGCGGAAAAAGGGAGAGGGAGAUGGGGGACAAAAGCAGGUAGAACAGAAGUCAUCAGCAACGCUGCUUCUGACCUGGGGCCUGGAGGAUGUGGAGCAUGUGUUCUCUGAGGAGGAUUACCACACACUUACCAACUACAAAGCCUUUAGCCAGUUCAUGAGGCCCCUAAUUGCUAAGAAGAACCCUAAGAUCCCAAUGUCUAAGAUGAUGACCAUCCUUGGGGCCAAGUGGAGAGAGUUCAGUGCCAAUAACCCCUUCAAGGGGUCAGCAGCAGCUGUGGCGGCGGCGGCGGCUGCAGCCGCCGCAGCUGUAGCUGAGCAGGUGUCAGCUGCUGUCUCAUCGGCCACCCCUAUAGCACCUUCUGGAUCCCCCGCCCUUCCACCCCCACCUGCUGCUGAUAUCCAGCCCCCACCCAUCCGAAGAGCCAAAACCAAAGAGGGCAAAGGUCCAGGCCAUAAGAGGCGGAGUAAGAGUCCCCGAGUGCCUGACGGGCGCAAGAAGCUUCGGGGAAAGAAGAUGGCACCGCUCAAAAUCAAACUAGGGCUUCUGGGUGGCAAGAGGAAGAAGGGGGGCUCAUACGUUUUUCAGAGCGACGAGGGCCCCGAACCAGAGGCCGAGGAGUCAGACCUGGACAGUGGCAGUGUCCACAGUGCCUCAGGCCGGCCUGAUGGCCCUGUACGUACCAAGAAACUAAAGAGAGGCCGGCCAGGAAGGAAGAAGAAGAAAGUCCUGGGCUGUCCUGCAGUGGCCGGGGAGGAGGAGGUUGAUGGCUACGAGACGGAUCACCAGGAUUACUGUGAGGUGUGCCAGCAGGGUGGGGAAAUUAUUCUGUGCGACACCUGCCCUCGUGCCUACCACCUCGUCUGCCUUGAUCCUGAGCUUGACCGGGCUCCUGAGGGCAAAUGGAGCUGCCCCCACUGUGAGAAGGAGGGGGUACAGUGGGAGGCCAAGGAGGAGGAAGAAGAAUAUGAAGAGGAGGGAGAGGAAGAAGGGGAGAAGGAGGAAGAAGAUGAUCACAUGGAGUACUGCCGUGUGUGCAAGGAUGGUGGGGAGCUCUUGUGCUGUGACGCUUGCAUCUCCUCCUACCACAUUCAUUGUCUGAACCCACCCCUGCCUGACAUCCCCAACGGUGAAUGGCUGUGUCCCCGAUGCACAUGCCCUGUGCUGAAAGGCCGUGUGCAGAAGAUCCUGCAUUGGCGGUGGGGGGAGCCACCCGUGGCAAUGCCAGCCCCUCAACAAGCAGAUGGGAAUCCAGAUGCCCCACCUCCUCGUCCUCUUCAAGGCAGAUCAGAGCGAGAGUUCUUUGUCAAGUGGGUAGGACUAUCCUACUGGCAUUGCUCCUGGGCCAAGGAGCUUCAGCUGGAAAUCUUCCACUUGGUAAUGUACCGAAACUACCAACGGAAGAAUGACAUGGAUGAACCCCCACCCCUGGACUAUGGCUCUGGUGAGGAUGACGGAAAGAGCGACAAGCGUAAGGUGAAAGAUCCACACUAUGCUGAGAUGGAGGAGAAGUACUAUCGUUUUGGCAUUAAGCCAGAGUGGAUGACUGUUCACCGCAUCAUCAACCACAGUGUGGAUAAAAAGGGGAAUUACCACUAUCUAGUAAAAUGGAGGGACUUGCCUUAUGACCAGUCUACAUGGGAGGAAGAUGAAAUGAACAUCCCUGAAUAUGAAGACCAUAAGCAAAGCUACUGGAGACACCGAGAACUAAUUAUGGGAGAGGAUCCCGCCCAACCCCGCAAGUAUAAGAAGAAGAAGAAGGAGUUGCAGGGUGAUGGGCCUCCCAAUUCUCCUACUAACGAUCCUACAGUGAAAUACGAGACUCAGCCACGGUUUAUUACGGCCACUGGAGGCACACUGCACAUGUAUCAGCUGGAAGGGUUGAACUGGCUACGCUUCUCAUGGGCCCAGGGCACUGACACCAUUCUGGCUGAUGAGAUGGGGCUGGGCAAGACCAUACAAACCAUCGUCUUCCUCUAUUCACUUUAUAAGGAGGGCCACACAAAGGGUCCCUUCCUGGUGAGUGCCCCACUCUCUACCAUCAUUAACUGGGAGCGGGAGUUCCAGAUGUGGGCACCCAAAUUCUAUGUGGUGACCUACACGGGUGAUAAGGACAGCCGGGCCAUCAUUCGUGAGAAUGAGUUUUCUUUUGAAGACAAUGCCAUCAAAGGUGGCAAGAAAGCUUUUAAGAUGAAGAGGGAGGCACAAGUGAAGUUCCAUGUUCUCCUGACUUCGUAUGAGCUUAUCACCAUUGAUCAGGCGGCACUUGGCUCCAUCCGCUGGGCCUGCCUUGUGGUAGAUGAGGCCCAUCGGCUCAAAAACAACCAGUCCAAGUUUUUCAGGGUCCUCAAUGGCUACAAGAUAGAUCAUAAAUUACUGCUGACAGGGACUCCAUUGCAAAAUAAUCUGGAGGAGCUUUUCCAUCUGCUAAACUUCCUCACCCCGGAGAGGUUUAACAACCUGGAGGGCUUCCUGGAGGAGUUUGCGGACAUAUCCAAAGAAGACCAGAUUAAAAAACUGCAUGAUUUGCUGGGGCCACAUAUGCUGCGGAGGCUCAAGGCUGAUGUCUUUAAGAACAUGCCAGCCAAGACAGAGCUCAUUGUUCGAGUGGAGCUGAGUCCCAUGCAGAAGAAAUACUACAAGUAUAUCCUGACUCGAAAUUUUGAGGCCUUGAAUUCACGAGGUGGUGGGAACCAAGUGUCUCUGCUUAACAUCAUGAUGGAUCUUAAGAAGUGCUGCAACCAUCCAUACCUCUUUCCUGUGGCUGCUAUGGAGUCUCCAAAACUCCCCAGUGGGGCUUAUGAGGGUGGGGCACUUAUUAAGGCAUCUGGGAAGCUCAUGCUGCUGCAAAAGAUGCUGCGGAAGCUAAAGGAGCAAGGACACAGAGUGCUCAUCUUCUCGCAGAUGACCAAAAUGUUAGACUUACUAGAGGAUUUCUUAGACUACGAAGGCUACAAAUAUGAGCGUAUUGAUGGGGGCAUCACUGGUGCCCUGAGGCAGGAGGCCAUCGAUAGAUUCAAUGCUCCUGGGGCCCAACAAUUCUGCUUUCUCUUGUCCACCCGAGCUGGGGGCUUGGGCAUCAAUCUGGCCACUGCAGACACUGUCAUCAUCUUCGAUUCUGACUGGAACCCACAUAAUGACAUCCAGGCCUUUAGCCGGGCUCAUCGGAUUGGCCAGGCCAACAAAGUAAUGAUUUACCGGUUUGUGACUCGUGCAUCAGUGGAAGAGCGAAUCACACAAGUGGCCAAGAGAAAGAUGAUGCUCACACAUCUGGUGGUGCGGCCCGGGCUGGGCUCCAAGGCGGGCUCCAUGUCCAAGCAGGAGCUGGAUGACAUCCUCAAAUUUGGCACUGAGGAGCUAUUUAAGGACGAAAAUGAGGGGGAGAACAAGGAGGAGGAUAGCAGUGUGAUUCACUAUGACAAUGAGGCCAUUGCUCGUCUGUUGGACCGGAACCAGGAUGCAACUGAGGACACAGAUGUGCAGAACAUGAACGAAUAUCUCAGUUCCUUCAAGGUGGCCCAGUAUGUGGUGCGGGAGGAGGACAAGAUUGAGGAGAUUGAACGAGAGAUCAUCAAGCAGGAGGAGAAUGUGGAUCCUGACUACUGGGAAAAGCUACUGAGGCAUCACUAUGAACAACAACAGGAAGACCUAGCCCGGAAUCUUGGCAAGGGCAAGCGGGUUCGCAAGCAAGUUAACUACAAUGAUGCUGCUCAGGAAGACCAAGAUAACCAGUCAGAAUACUCAGUGGGAUCAGAGGAGGAGGAUGAAGACUUUGAUGAGCGUCCUGAAGGGCGUCGACAGUCAAAGAGGCAGCUCCGAAAUGAAAAGGAUAAACCACUGCCUCCACUGCUGGCUCGAGUUGGGGGCAACAUAGAGGUGUUGGGAUUCAACACCCGUCAGCGCAAGGCUUUCCUCAACGCUGUGAUGCGCUGGGGGAUGCCACCGCAAGAUGCCUUCACCACUCAGUGGCUGGUGCGAGACCUAAGGGGCAAGACUGAGAAGGAGUUCAAGGCCUAUGUGUCUUUGUUCAUGCGCCAUCUCUGUGAGCCUGGGGCAGACGGCUCUGAAACAUUUGCUGAUGGGGUCCCUCGGGAGGGCUUGAGUCGCCAGCAAGUGUUGACCCGCAUUGGCGUCAUGUCUCUCGUCAAGAAAAAGGUACAGGAGUUUGAGCACAUCAACGGGCGCUGGUCAAUGCCUGAGCUGAUGCCUGACCCUAGUGCUGACUCUAAGCGCUCCUCCAGAGCCUCCUCGCCUACCAAAACGUCUCCCACCACCCCAGAGGCUUCUGCUACAAAUAGUCCUUGCACCUCUAAACCUGGUAAUUGGGUCAGAAGGGCAGGAGAGGAGAUGAGGCCAGUAUCCAAUGAGGCCAGACGCAGAGGGGUUGGAGUCAAGGUCGGGGAGUUUCUGCCUUCUUUACUCUGCCUUCCCCCUGUAGCUACUCCAGCUCCAAGUGAGAAAGGAGAUGGCGUAAGGACACCACUUGAGAAGGAGGAAGCUGAAAACCAGGAGGAAAAGCCAGAGAAGAAUAGCAGAAUUGGGGAGAAGAUGGACACAGAAACUGAUGCCCCCAGCCCAGCCCUAUCACUCGGGGAGCGGCUGGAGUCGAGGAAGAUUCCUCUAGAGGAUGAGGAGCCAGGGGUACAUGGAGAGAUAGAGCCUGAACCUGGGUACCAGGGGGACAGAGAGAAAUCAGCCACAGAGUCGACGCUAGGAGAGAGGGGGGAGGAGAAGCCGUUGGAUGGACAGGAACACAGGGAGAGGCCGGAGGGGGAAACGGGAGAUUUGGGCAAGAGAGAAGAUGUUAAAGGGGGCCGGGAGCUUCGACCUGGGCCGCCUCGAGAUGAGCCACGAUCAAACGGGCGACGUGAAGAGAAAGCAGAGAAGCCGCGGUUCAUGUUCAAUAUUGCAGAUGGCGGCUUUACAGAGCUUCACACGCUGUGGCAGAAUGAGGAACGGGCAGCCAUUUCUUCAGGAAAACUCAAUGAAAUCUGGCACCGAAGACAUGACUAUUGGCUUCUGGCUGGGAUUGUCCUCCAUGGCUAUGCACGGUGGCAGGACAUCCAGAAUGAUGCUCAGUUUGCCAUUAUCAAUGAGCCAUUUAAAACUGAAGCCAAUAAAGGAAACUUUCUGGAGAUGAAAAAUAAGUUUCUGGCCCGGAGAUUCAAGCUCCUGGAGCAGGCGCUGGUGAUUGAAGAGCAGCUUCGGCGGGCGGCCUACCUGAAUCUAUCGCAGGAGCCGGCGCACCCCGCCAUGGCCCUCCACGCCCGCUUCGCCGAGGCGGAAUGCCUGGCUGAGAGCCACCAGCACCUCUCCAAGGAGUCGCUGGCGGGGAACAAGCCGGCCAACGCCGUACUGCACAAGGUUCUGAACCAGCUGGAGGAGUUGCUGAGCGACAUGAAGGCAGACGUGACCCGCCUGCCAGCCACGCUGUCUCGAAUACCCCCCAUCGCAGCCCGCCUUCAGAUGUCAGAGCGCAGCAUCCUCAGCCGGCUGGCCAGCAAGGGCACGGAGCCUCACCCCACACCGGUCUUUCCCCCGGGUCCCUAUGCUACACCUCCGGGGUACGGGGCAGCCUUCAGCACCGCUCCCGUAGGGGCCCUGGCCGCCGCAGGCGCCAAUUACAGUCAGAUGCCUGCAGGGUCCUUCAUCACAGCCGCCACCAACGGCCCUCCAGUGCUGGUGAAGAAGGAGAAGGAAAUGGUGGGGGCAUUGGUGUCAGACGGGCUGGAUCGGAAGGAGCCCCGAGCCGGGGAAGUGAUCUGUAUAGACGACUGACUGGAUCCCAGGCCUGCCCUUCACCCAGGCCCCGUGCCCGAGGUCGACCCCCAGCUCAGGCUCUGGGGCCUGCUGCCAAUCUUCCACCUUCCCCACCCCUUGGGCCACCACUGGGCUAGGAGCCCCCUUGCCCCUCUCUGUGACUCCUCUCUUCAAGAAGGGCCCUUUGUCUUUCUCCACUCCCGCGCACCUUUCCCACCAUGCUUUGAAGACUGCUGGUGAGAAGAGGUCUGGGUUAGCAGGGUCUUCCAAGUACCUUUAUCCUCCACUGCCAAACAUACACAGCUUCUUAAUAAAUGGUUGUGGGGAGGAAAGAGGUGGAUCCUCCCCAAUCCUUAUUCCUGCAUAUAAGCUCCAUCUUGUGCAGAAGUGGGGGAUUAGCAUUGGGCCUUUAGAAACUUUGGUGGGGGAAAGGAGCUUUGAAGAGAGGAGGGGGACUUUAGAUAGGGGUGACAAUGAGCCCUGGGAGGGAGGAAGGGAAGAGGAGGGGUGGCUGCAUGUUUCCUUCCCCUACCUCUCCUCAAAUAGUGUGGAGCAGUUACAAGGGAGUCAAUUGCUGUUCAGCCUCAGAAUAAAGGCGCCAUUCACUGGCUCAGUUACCUCCUGCGUACUGGCAUCUUGUGUUGGGCAUCUUACCCCCUCUACAGGGGCAAAGAAGCACCCCUACAAAGAGUAAUGGUUGGGCGAUACUCCCUCAAGCCAAAGAGGAGCUCCCCAAUCUGUCCUAGGGACCCAGGUAACCUAGAAAGGGUAGGAGAGAACACAUUGGGCCAGGUGUUGGGGGAACCCCCAACUCUGGGGCUCAAGUUUUUUGAGGACUUCCCUCCCUCCUGAAGGCCUGAAUAUGGACUAAAUUUGAGUGGGUUAGGCAGGGGGCCUAGUCAGGGGACUACUUUGCUUUCAGGACCAGAGCAAAAGAACGAAGGGCAGGCUAGGGAGACAUGGGCACACCCUCCUCCCCAGGAGGGGCUGAGGAGAGUGGCAGUUUGCAUGGCGAACCCCCCACUUCCUCUAUGCUGCCCCUUCACUUUCUUGCUGCCCCUUUCCCGGUCUCUUCACACUCCUGGUCUGUCCCAAUCCCCUCUUCUGUAUCAGGUUUAUUGG